CAGCCUUUAGUGAAUAGGGACCAGCCGGCGUAUAGAGAGAGAUUUCGAGGUUUCCUAUACAUAUACGUCGGCUGGUCACUAAAAUGUCUCUGAAUUCGUUGAUAACUUCUAAAAUAUUUAUGGCAAGACAUGUAGUCGAAUAACCUGUGUAGAAAUCAGCCGCUCGCAAAGGCAUUAAUUUUUUAUUGCAAAGGAUAUUAUUAAGUACGUUACUGCGUACUCGUACAGAAACUCUCAGCUGAUGUAAAACCUGUGAAAACGUACUGUAGUCCCUGCACCCAGACUCAGUGCGUCGCAUAUCUUCCUAAAGCGGUCGUAGACUCGUAACUGACAAUCCCGGAUUAUGUCGCGAUUUUUCGAGUCUACUAGGCCGCUGUUUGAAUGGAUGAACACCUCCAGCGGCCGUCAGACCGUGCUCACCGCUACCGGGGGUGUUGGGGCUGUUGCAUCAUUACUGUAUUGGAUACCUCAUGCACCGGCCAUUAAUUCAACCAAAAAUAUUUCUCAGAUGUACCUGGGCGGUCUACCGUUACAGCCUCCGCGCCAUAUGACCGACCUAAUCGCGGAGACUUUGGGGGACUGUGGCAUUACGGAGAUCGAUAGCCGACGCAUACGAUGGUUUACCGCGUUUGGCUUUGAUCCCAUUCACUUUGGACAAGUCAGUUUUAAGAAAGGCUCUAUUGUCGGCGUGCCAAAAACGUUUUACUAUAAAGAUAUAGAUGAAAUAGACAAGACCGAUAUCAAAAUCAACCGCAACAAGAGUGUGCCGUGGCGAACGGAAGCCGGAACAGCGCUGAUGGAGGCCUUAGUUUUGUCGGAUGAAGCCAAAAAAUUCGCGGUUGCCGUCCAGGUUCACCACGUGUGUUGGAACGAAGUGUUAACCAAGCUGCUCAUCGUCGGUAUACCGAUUCCAGCAGCGGCUACGCUGGCUGCCUUCAUAAUGGAGAGGUUCAAUCUCCUGAACGCUCCACCGAUCUACCGACGAUCCGUGGUUGCAGUUGCCGGCUUUCUGUUCUUCGGUAUUGCAAUGGCUGUGUGGGAUGCGUACACGCGCUAUCUAGAGUCCUCGGCGGACCGGGAAGUCUGUCUGAUGGGUGAAGAUUACGCGCGCGGUGGAGUGGAAUAUUACGGCAAGUGUCUCCUGCGCAACCGAGCACUGCGGGAGCUCUUACAGAAAUCGGGCGAGCGAACCUACACAGUGGAAGGCAAUAUUAAGCGCUGGUUUCAUCGACCGGAAGUACCUCUCACGAAGCGGAAAGCAAACUGUGAAGAGUCCUUGAAGGAAGUCAAGCUGAAAGAGCCGGCUGCUGCUGUACCGGAAACGACGGAGGAACCCACUCCGGCGGGGAGUGUCAGACAGAGUUUCCUUUUCAGCCGACCCGCAGCCCCGAACGAGGUGUUUAGCGGUGUCCAUGCUACGCAGACUGGUCGGAUCAAGCCGCCGCCUCCUCAAGGUGGAAAGGUUCCAGUGAGCAGUGACGCUGUGCCAUCUGUUUCGGAACCUGCUAAAUAAUUUCUGAAUUUUUGUUCUUAAUUGUUUGUACGUAUUGUAAUGGAUUUAUUGUUGUCUGCUGCAUACUGGAAUUGCCUUUAGUGGAAUAAAAGCAUUUCCUAAAAACCGCCAUUGCAUUCUAUCACCACGCUGAAAAUAUCAUACGGCAAGUAACUUGAAGUAAGCAGCUUUGCAAACGUUUUUGGGAUGAUGCU